AUCCACUAUUAUGUUAGACGACCACGACGACAGCAGCCCCAGCCAGCCAGCCAGCCCAGACCGACUGGCAAACAUAUCGUAUCCGCAUCACGACUUCACAAGCCAACAAUUGCUAAUAUCUCACAACCCCGACCGACACACACCCCAGGCACUACUGUCCCGUCGCGCCCCACCUCGACCACCUCCUCCUCCACUUGGACUCGCCGCAACAAAGGACAACAACCAGUCGAUAACGUGCCAUGUCGUCGCGUAAGAGCGACGCCUCUCGCAAGGGCGACGCCUCUCGCAAGAGCGACGCUUCAUCCUCAACAGCGCGCUUCGUCCUCACGGACGACUCCCCCGCCGCCUCGACCGCCGUCCCCACACCGUCCCCGGGGCUCGCAAAGCCCUCCAUGGACACCUCCAUGCCGCCCCCGAGCCUGCCGCCCCCGGGCCUCGCCCAGACGCCCGAGGCCCUGCACCCGCUGAGGCCUAACUCGUCGUCGGCCGUGGCGGCCCACGCGGACCCUUCACAAUCCACGCCGUCUGAGAAGAGCAACACCGAGGAGAAGAAGACGGGUGGUGGUGGCCAUCCUAAGGAGGCCAUCACCAUCCCCAUUGAGGAGCUGCAACUACCAAAGUCCAUAAUCACUCGUCUGGCCAAGGGCGUCCUGCCCCCAAACACCCAGAUCCAGGCCAAUGCCAUACUCGCCAUGACCAAGAGCGCGACCGUCUUUAUCAACCACCUAGCGAAUGCGGCCAACGAGGUUACGACGCUGCAGAACAAAAAGACCGUCAUGCCCGCCGACGUUUUCAGGGCUCUGGAUGACAUCGAGUUCGGUUUCAUGCGCGAGCGCGUAGAAGCCGAGUUUGCAAAAUUCAACGAGGUUCAGACCAGCAAGCGGUCAACCUACCGUAAGAAGGUGGCGGCGGCCAAGAAGGCUACCAAGGGGCCCGGCGAGGAUGGCGCAGAUGCGUCGACGGCAGGCGCCGACGCCGACACGACCAUGGGCGGCGCCGACACGACCAUGAACUCAGUCGCGGAUACGAGCGCAACAGGGUCAGGAGGAGGGGCCGGCCAGCCGCGAGCCAAGAAGGCGAGGACAGAUGGCGCCAACAACGGCGACCAGAUGGACGUCGACGAGGAGGUCGCGGACGCCAGCGACCCGGAGAGUGUGCCCGACGAGGACGGGGCCGAGGACGAGGAGGACGAGGAGGCAGAUGAGGAGGACGAAGAGGACGAAGAGGAGGACGGCGACAAUGAGGGCGACGAUCUGGAAGAGCGGCAGGGCAGGCCGGACGAGGACGAGGCUCUGGACGACGGGAACAACAGCGACUAAUUAGGCCCGAUAAUGUCACCAGUCACGCACCCUGGAUCAAAGGCGUCAAUACCUGGGGCAAACCUUGUGCAAAAGAAGGUGUGAGGCGUCACUGCCAUCGAAGACCGUCCAGCUGGUCAUGGAUCAAUCAAAUCCAAAUUUGCCACAGGGUGCGGCGCCUCUCACUGGCCAUCUAGAUCACCUGUGGGGCCAGGUUGCGUUCGAAACUCCUAGUUUGGCAGGGCUGGCUGGCUGGCUGGCUGGCUGGCUGAUGGGUUGGGCGAUCAAAGGCUCCUGGAAAGGCCCGCAGGCAUGUGCGCGGAAUACAAAUGAUGGGCCUCCGGCCAUCUUACGCGACACUCGAUACAAUGCAGUCCGUCUAGUUGAUACCUUUGUGAACCUUGGAUCGUGGCAUUCUUCUCUCUAUUCUUCUUCGCUUCCACCCCGUGUCUGCUGCUCUUGGAUGCCAAGGCCGUGGCUUCGAUCCAGGCAGGAGCUGAACCUUUCGCGAUCAUCACUGAUUCCACGUACCACGGUUGCUGUAGUUGGAUCAUUUAUUUCGCCGCAAGUGACACGCACUUUGGACCACGGGAGGGGCGACGAUUGGCGGUGGCGCAGAUGAAGAGAAGCAAAAUUGGACAAA